GACAAACACCUUGCCGCGAGAGGGACUAACAAACACCUCGUGAUUCCGCGUGACCGCUGAUAACGCAAACAGUCUUUUAACUCUCUGAACCUGAAACAGCUGUCCCCAAAGGAUUUCUUUUUUUUCAUCCGGAAAUGGUCAGAGGCGAGAGCAAGAUGGUUCUCUCCGACGAAGAUGUGAAAAAACAGUUGGACCAUAUGACCAAAUUCAUCGAGCAAGAGGCGGUGGAAAAGGCGACGGAAAUUGACGCCAAGGCCGAGGAGGAAUUCAAUCUGGAAAAGGGAAAACUGGUACAGCAGAGUCGGCUGAAAAUUCAGGAGUUUUACGAGAAAAAGGAAAAAACUUGCGAGUUGGCUAGAAAAAUCCAAGGCUCCAACUUCAACAAUCAGGUGCGUUUGAAAGCUUUGAAGGUUCGCGAGGACCACAUUAUGAGGGUGUUGGGGGAGACCCGCGAGGUCCUGGACAGCGUUACCAAGGACCGGGAAAAGUACUCCAAAGUUCUGCGAUUGUUGGUUUUGCAAGGAAUGCUCCAGUUUUUGGAGACGGCUGUGACGAUUCAAGUUCGAGAGGCCGACCUGGACGUUGCGGAAUCGGUCAUUCCGAGUGUGAUUGACGAAUAUUCCGAUAUCACCGGCAAGAAUUGCACCAUCGACAUCGACACAUCCAAUUUCUUAUCCGCCAAAAGUUGUGGAGGAGUCAUUUUGAAAUCUCACGGCAACCGUUUGAAAAUCGUCAACACCCUUGAGGCUCGACUCGAACUGAUUUCGCGCCAGGCCAUUCCAGAAAUGCGAAAUUCCCUCUUCGGCAGAAACCCCAGUCGCAAGUUCUUCGACUAAAAUCUCAUUCCAAAUUGUUACACUGCAAACGUUCCAUUGCGGGGUUUGUUUGAAAAAUUGCACUCAUAAAAAUGAAAAAUAGGAUUUGGUAGAUAUGAUAAUGAUAAAAGUAGGUAAAGUUUUUUUGCGCACUACCCCAGUUGCCGAAAUUGACAUUUAUCAGGAUAUUUUCCUCUCCAGAGAGGAUAAAAGUCAAUUUUGGCGCAGCAGGGGUAAUUAUUGUAAUUAUUUGGGGGACACAAUCUGAUUAAUUUUGCUUAUUGUUAGUUAUAAUAAAUAAAGAACGCUGAUUCAGUAAUAAUAAAGAGAAUUAUAUCAAC